AGUUCUUGUUUUGAUAAUGCUUGUACGUUCGGUUGUUGCUGGUACUCGAUCAGUGAAUAUUAGAGGCCUCUCCUCCGCCUCCUCGGUAUCCUCUGGUGUACCAAAGGAGGUAGAUACUCUCAUUGUUGGAGGUGGCAUCAUAGGGGUUGCUACAGCAUAUCAGUUAUCUCGUAUUGCUGGACCAUCACAUAGAGUCCUCCUUCUUGAACAGAAUACUCUUACCUCUGGUACCACCUGGCAUGCUGCCGGUCUUCAGACUGCCCUCAAGGGCGUUAAAUGCAUCGCCAACAUGGCUAGAGAGGGCCAUAAGCUAUAUAAGACCUUUGAUGAGGGAGUAGGUUGGGCUAAGACGGGGAGUCUAGGCAUAGCCCGAACUGAAGAUCUAUGGACACAAUUACUACAGAUGGCUAAUAUAUCGGAAUCAUUGGGUAUACCCUACGAGUUGUGUGAUUCAGACAGGAUUAAAGAGAUCCACCCCUAUCUGGAUACCACUGGAAUCUAUGGAGGCAUUUAUACACCAGAGGAUGGUAUCGUUAACCCAGCAGAUGUUACCAUGGCGAUGGCUACUCGAGCCAGAGCCCAAGGGGCGCAUCUACUAGAGAGGACUGCGAUCCGUCGUAUUGCGAGGGAUGCUCGUCGAGCCCACACGGCUGAACUUGAGGAUGGCACUCUGGUAGAGUUUAAUAACAUCAUUAUAUGUGCAGGUCAAUGGACUAAAGGUAUAGUAAGGGAGUUGGGUCUAGGUGAUAUCGUACCAGCAGCAGUAGUACCACAUCAGUAUGUGGUAUUCGAUACACUCGAAGGAGUAUCGAACCGUCUACCUGUUGUCAGGGACUACCUCUAUAAGUUCUACCUUAAACCUGAGGUUGGUGGCUUCAUGGUUGGUGUGUUCGAGUCCCAUCCUGAAGUCCACUUCCCAGCAGAUGUUAAGGAAAGGAAUGCUUCCGGAUGGGCUCCACGACAUAUAUCCCACGAGGUCUUCCCAGAGAGUAUCGAUAAGGCAGGGGAGUGGCUUGAGCAUGCCCUGGAGACCAUUCCUGCCCUGCAAGAGAUCGGUAUUAAACGUUGGUUGCAUGGUCCUGAUACCCAUAGCUGUGAUACAGCACCUCUUAUGGGGAGACUAUUGGGAACUGAUAAUGUUCAUAUAUGUACCGGGUUCAAUUCCCAGGGUAUACAAUGUGGUGCUGGUGCUGGGCUCGCGAAUGCUGAAUGGGUCCUUUAUGGUUAUCCUAGGACUUUUAAAGACGACUUUGUAGCAGCUGAUAUGAAUCGUUGGUAUCCAUCCCUAGCUGAGGAUAAGGAAUGGUGUGAGGAUAGAGCAGCUGAGGAGUAUGGCAUCAUGUAUGGUGUUCAUUACCCUUAUAUGCAACUCCAAAGUGGGCGUAAUCGACGUCUAUUACCGUUACAUGAACAACAUGUGGAGUAUGGUGCACGCUUUUUUGAAGGUUUUGGUUGGGAAAGAGCAGCUUACUACCUCUCUCCAACUAAUGCUGAGCCCUUAUCGAGCCAGCCUUAUUCGUGGGCUUUGGGGUCGACUCAGUGGUUCGAGGCUAUGAAGGAUGAGGCAAGGGCUAUACGACACCAUGUUGGUGUUAUCGAUAUGUCCUCCUUUGGGAAGUUGAUAGUUAAAGGUCAUGGUGCACUAGACCUCCUACAAUGGGUAUGUACGGCUAACAUCGACCGACCUGUGGGAUCGAUAGUAUACACAGCUAUGGCUAAUGAUCUGGGAGGAAUGUUGGCCGACUUUACUGUCUGCCGACUCGGCGAGGAUAGUUUUUAUAUUACUACUACCUCCAAUCAACCAGAGAUGAUAAAAGACCAUUUACUAUGGUCAACAACUCAAAGAGGCAGUAAUGGUAUCAUCAUUAAAGACGUCACCAACGACAUAGCUGUAUUAUCAAUUAUGGGCCCGAACAGCUUCGAGCUCCUCUCCUCACUAUGUGGUCAUGUCGAUCUACACUCGGCAAUACCUUUAUCGAUGGUUAAGGAUGAUCUCAUCGUCGCUGGUGUGCCCUGUCGGGCCCUGCGUGUUUCCUACGUCGGGGAGCUAGGUUUGGAGCUCCAUAUUGACAAGGAUGAUGUCGGUAAGGUAUUUGAGAGUAUCAUGACUAGAGGGAGCGUCAAGCCACGAUUGGUGGGCUCCUUAGCUAUGCUCGACUCUUUAAGAAUCGAAAAACGGUUCCUUCACUAUGGUCAUGACUUCUCCCCUAUGGAAAGUGUCCUUCAGGUUGGCUUGGGAUUUGCAUGUAAAAUCAAUACAGACAUCGAUUUCAUUGGUAAGGAAGCCCUUAUGAAGGAGAAGGAGGGUGGGGGCCUCAAGAAGAGGCUGUUAUCAUUACAGAUCGACGAUAGUAUCGAUGUAGACCUGAAGAGGCUGCCAUGGUGGGGUCAUGGUGCUGAACUCGUCUACCGUAAUGAUAAACUAGUUGGUUACCUCAAUUCUGCUGGAUACUCUACCGUAUUAGAACGUCCUAUUGGGUUGGCCCUCAUAUCGGAUGAUGGUGUUGUUAUCGACAAGUCAUACAUACAACAAGGCCAAUGGACUGUUCGAGUGAAUCCAGUUGGUGGUGGUAGCAAGCCUCUGAUAAUUCCAGUCAAGGUUACAGCGGGCUGCAUCUUCGACCCCAAAGGGAGACGUAUGCGGGGAGAUUAUACACCUACUACCCCAUCAUAAUGAUAAUCAAAUUGACUCCACUUUCUGACCUUAUUCAGCGAAUGUUUCUUAUUAAUACUUAGUGAGGCAA